AUGGCAGGUUUCAGUGGCGACGAAACCGCUCCUUUCUUCGGCUUCCUCGGCGCUGCCGCGGCUCUCGUUUUCUCCUGUAUGGGAGCGGCGUACGGAACUGCGAAGAGUGGGGUGGGAGUGGCCUCGAUGGGUGUGAUGAGGCCGGAGCUUGUGAUGAAGUCGAUUGUGCCGGUGGUUAUGGCUGGAGUGUUGGGGAUUUAUGGGUUGAUUAUUGCGGUUAUCAUUAGCACUGGGAUAAACCCCAAGGCUAAGUCUUACUAUCUCUUUGAUGGCUAUGCCCACUUGUCCUCUGGCCUUGCCUGUGGCCUUGCUGGCCUCUCUGCUGGAAUGGCCAUUGGGAUUGUGGGGGAUGCUGGUGUUAGGGCUAAUGCCCAGCAGCCGAAGCUGUUUGUUGGUAUGAUUCUUAUUUUGAUUUUCGCUGAAGCUCUUGCGCUCUAUGGCCUCAUUGUGGGUAUCAUCCUCUCAUCUCGAGCAGGCCAAUCUCGUGCUGAUUAA